AUGUCGUCGGAGGUGAAACAGCUGAUCGUCGUUGCUGAAGGUACUGCCGCCUUGGGCCCUUAUUGGCAGACCAUCGUCUCCGACUAUCUCGAGAAAAUUAUCAGGUCUUUCUGUGGCAGUGAGUUAAAUGGAGAGAGGAACCCUGUUUCUAAUGUUGAGCUAUCACUGGUCAUAUUCAAUUCCCAUGGUUCAUAUUGUGCUUGCUUGGUACAACGGAGUGGCUGGACAAGGGAUGUUGAUAUUUUCUUGCAUUGGCUUUCGUCCAUACAAUUUGCCGGUGGUGGUUUCAAUGAGGCUGCCACAGCCGAAGGGCUUGCUGAAGCAUUGAUGAUGUUUUCUCCUCCUUCAGGCCAAGCUCAACCAAGUAAUGAUCUGAAGAGGCACUGUAUCCUGAUCACAGCCAGCAACCCUCACUCAUUGCCCACACCUGUAUAUCGUCCACAAUUGCAAAAUACAGAACGAAAUGAAAAUGGCGAUGGACAAUCUGAAAGUCGUUUAUCUGAUGCUGAGACAGUGGCAUCAUAUUUUUCUAGGUGCUCUGUUUCUUUGUCUGUUGUGUGUCCAAAGCAGCUUCCCAAGAUUAGAGCACUAUUCAAUGCGGGAAAGCUCAAUCCACAAAGUGCAGACUUGUCUAUUGACACCGUUAAGAACCCAUUCUAUCUUGUCCUUAUCUCAGAGAAUUUUGUGGAGGCACGCGCUGCCUUAAGUCCUGCUACAAAUUUGCCACAGACCCAAAGCCCUGUGAAAGUGGACAGGGCCACUAUUGCUCCAUCUCUUCCAGUCACUGCGCAACCUCCAGCGUCUGUGGCAUCAGCCAAUGGUCCUAUUCUGAAUCGGCAACCAGUUUCUCUUGGACCAGUUCCAACUGCUACUGUGAAAGUUGAACCUACCACUGUAUCUUCUAUGGCAGGAGUUCCAAGUUUUCCCCAUAUCCCGCCUGUAGCUCGGCCUGCUACACAAGCUAUUCCUUCAAUUCAAACAUCUUCAGCAUCGCCUGUUUCUCAAGAAAUGGUCACCAAUACCGAUAAUGCACCAGAUGUUAAGCCUGUGGUGGGUGUAACGACUGCACCAGUGCGUACUGUUCCUCCCGGUGGAGCUAAUGUAAAUCUGCUGAAUAAUCUUUCUCAAGUCCGACAAGUCAUGAGCUCUGCAGCUCUGGCGGGUGCAGCCUCAUCGGCGGGGCAAAGUGCGGUUGCUAUGCAUAUGUCAAAUAUGAUAUCAACAGGAAUGGCUACAUCUUUGCCUCCUUCACAAAAUGUGUUUUCAUCUGGACAGCCGGGAAUUACUUCAAUGGCUGGUUCGGGUGCACUAAUGGGAACUGCACAAGCAGGACAAAGCCCGGGUCCUAAUAAUUCCUUUAGUCCUCAAACAACGUCAAAUGUUGCUUCAAACCUUGGUGUUUCUCAACCAAUGCCAGGGAUGAAUCAAGGAAGUCAUUCUGGAGUACAGAUGAUGCAAGGUGGAAUUUCCAUGAACCAAAACAUGAUGAGUGGUCUCGGUCAAGGAAAUGUCUCCUCUGGAACUAGUGGAAUGAUGCCUACUCCAGGAGUUGGCCAACAAGCGCAAUCAGGAAUACAACUUGGUGGCGGUAACAGUUCAGCUCCUAAUAUGCAGAUGUCACAGCCAUCAUCAGGGGCUCUGCAGACUUCACAAUCCAAAUAUGUAAAAGUCUGGGAGGGAAAUUUAUCUGGACAAAGACAAGGACAGCCUGUUCUUAUCACCAGACUUGAGGGUUACAGAAGUGCUUCAGCCUCUGAUUCGUUGGCAGCAAAUUGGCCACCGACUAUGCAGAUUGUUCGUCUUAUAUCUCAGGAUCAUAUGAAUAACAAGCAAUAUGUUGGCAAAGCUGACUUCCUUGUGUUUCGGGCCAUGAGUCAACAUGGGUUUUUAGGACAACUUCAGGAUAAGAAACUUUGUGCAGUCAUCCAGCUGCCAUCACAGACGCUGCUGCUUUCCGUCUCUGACAAGGCUUGCCGUUUGAUUGGAAUGCUUUUUCCAGGGGUAAGUAAGCGCCAAGCUACUUAG